AUGGAGUUAAUUCCACGACCUACGGCUAAAAGAGCGCAAAAUGAAUUGGAUAAAGAUGGAUCAAAAUGGUAUUGUCGCACUUGUAACCUUCAAUGUGAAAAUCAUAAUAUAUUUCUCAACCAUUUGACGACGGAAAAUCAUCGUCAGCGGAAGCAUUUUUCACAGAAUUUUCAAAGUUCUGAAAGACAAAAUUUGUCUGAAAAAUUUGUUGACGGUUUUAUAGAAAUAUUAUCGAAAUUUAAAAGAAAACGGGUACCUGCUAGAAUGGUGUUUAAGGCUUACAACUUACAAAGCAACUCUAUUUCAUUAGAGAACACGCAAUGGAAAACUAUACCCGAGUUUCUCUACUGGUUGAAAUGCUGCAAAAAAUGCCAGGUGAAUGAGACAUUUGAACUUAUUCAAGAGUUUGACAAAGAAACUCCAAAAAUCGACACGAUUGAACGGCAAAAAAAGUUCACGAAAGUGAAAUCACACAGUUUGUGUCCAUAUGUAAGAAAAAUGCUGAAACUUGACAAAAAUAAGAAGCGCAAUACGGUAACUUCUGAGAAGAGAAAGUUGUCCAGAGAUCCAAAUGAAAAAAUCAACUUCACCCUCUCAAAGUGUUCAAGAAAGAGCAAAGAAACACCGCCUAUCAGCGAAGAACAUAUUGGAAAAGAAAUGAACAAAUGUAUUAAUUCCUUCAGUUCUUUUUCAGACUUGAAAAUCAAAGAAAACUCACCGAAGUCCACAAAGAGGAAAAGAAAUGCUCUAGAAGACAUUAAAAUGGAACUUGAGUCAGAAAGAGACCACCUGAACAGGACAUUGAGUUGGGUAACCCUUGGUUUACAGGUUAGAAUAUCGUCAAACUUUGCUGGGAAACAGAACAUUGGUAAAUUCGGAACCGUUGUAUAUUGUUCAAUCUCUGAAGAUAACUAUUUGAUUUUACUCACAGACUCGAAUGAGACUGUCAGUGUCCGUCAGCAAGAUUUACAAACAGUUAUACCCAAUCUGGGUUCUCCUGUACGUAUCGUUAACGGUGGGUAUCGAGGUUUAAAUGCUAUAUUAGAUUCUGUAAAUAAAACAUAUUUAGCAAGUGUGCAUAUCACUAAUGGAUUGUUAAGCGGUCGAGUUCUCAAUAAUGUCCAUCUCAAUGAUAUUUGUGCUUUUACAGAUGUUACAUUUAAGUGA